AUGUUGAGAACCACAUCUUUGAACAAUCACCAUCUCCCAAGCAUACAUCCCCUCCCCUUGUCGUCUCCUGUGCGUUUAUUGGGCCCCUUCACUAAAUACUUACACACAGCUCCAGCCAUAGUUUCAUACAUAAAACAACCAUCUUCAUCAUCGUCAUCAUCUUCUUCUUCAAUAGCAUCAACGAAUCGUUUCCUGCUUACAAAGACAAUUUAG